ACAGUCCGCUCCCUCGCGCAGAGGCAUCCAUCCAGUACAUGGGGAAAGUUGGAGGAAAAGUUUCGAAGCGAUGAUAUUUAAACACAAAAAUAAUUUUAAAGCGAAUUAAUGGUUUUAUCCGUCGGGCUGUCGUGAGAUUCUUCAAUUAGACGACCGCUGUAGCACAGAGGUUUAAAAAAAAAAAACUCAAUGUGAAAUCAGAAUUUACAUAGUUAUAACACCAUUAUUUUCGCUUGCCGUCCGUUUCGCUCUCCUUAAUGUAGAUGUUUGCGCAAGACGCCCGUGCCUCCGCGCUGCCUCUCAUUCAUCCGGCAGAGGAGAGAAUCGAGCCCGCGUCCGAGGAUACAAUGAAGCAGUGUGUCCUUGUCCGACACAAUGCAGCAAGAUGCUACAAAGGGGACGAAUCUGUUUUUCACAAAAUCAGCGACGUUUUUACUCGAUUGCAGAGAGAGACCAGCUAAAGAAUGAAGCUUUAGCCUCUGCAUGACAAGCUAUGACCAACACAGAUUAGACUCUAGACCUCCAGUUACAAAGCCAGGACUCAAGAAUGAAGACCAAAUAUGCAAUUGUCUUCAUCUGUAUCGUGGCCCUGGUCAUCAUCGAAAAGGAAAGCAACAUCCUAUCAAGGGUCUCUGAUAAGCUGAUCCAGAGGCAGAUUCCACAUCAGACCCCACAGACUUCACUGGAUUACAGCAACACAACACAAAAUGGCUCCCUGACGAUGCUCAAAAUGCUGCUCUCUAAACUCAUCGGUACAAAAGGGAAUUACUCAAGUCUCUCAGAGGAGCAAGAGGAAGAAGAACUAGAUGAUUUAGGCAGGUACAGCUUCAGUGGUGGCCGUAAGCACAUAUUACUCUUGGCCACCACACGAACAGGUUCAUCAUUUGUGGGGGAAUUUUUUAACCAGCACGGGGAGAACAUGUUCUACCUGUUUGAGCCUUUAUGGCACGUUGAGCGCAUGCUGACCAUGGCCUCAGAGGCAAAUAACGGGACAGUGUUGGCAGGAAUUUACCGGGAUGUACUCCAGGCGCUCUUCCUGUGUGAUUUCUCUCCCCUUGAGAAGUUCAUCUCUCCUCUACCUCAGGACCACGUCACCCCAGCUCUUUUCCGCAGAGAGUCUAGUUUAUCGCUCUGUGAAGAAUCUGUCUGCAGUCCUGUAAUCAAAGACGUUUUUGAAAGGUAUCACUGUAAGACUCGUCGCUGUGGGCCGCUGAACUUGACCCUUGCAUCUGAAUCCUGCCUUUCCAAGCAACACCAUGCCAUUAAGACUGUCCGUGUGCGCCAGCUGGACACAUUGCAGCCUUUGUUGGAGGAUCCACGCCUGGAUGUGAGAGUGAUCCAGCUCGUCCGAGAUCCACGGGCCAUCUUAGCAUCACGCAUGGUGGCUUUCUCUUCGAAGUACCAGACUUGGAAGGCCUGGGCGCAGGACGGCCAGGUGCCCGAAGAUGACGAGGAGGUGAAGAGGCUCAGAGGAAACUGCGACCAGAUAAGGAUGUCUGCAGAGGUGGGACUGAGCCAACCUCGUUGGCUGAGGAGACGCUACAUGUUGGUGCGUUAUGAGGAUAUUGCCCGCUACCCCAUGCAGAAGGCAGAGGAGAUGUACAGGUUCACAGGGAUACCAUUUAGUCCCCAAGCUAGGGAAUGGAUUCUGAGAAACACCCAGACCACACAGGGAGCUAGCGGGAUUUACUCCACCCAGAAGAACUCAUCAGAGCAGGCAGAGAAAUGGAGAUUUAGCAUUCCCUUCACACUGGCUCAGGUAGUGCAGAGAGUGUGUGGACCUACCAUGGAGCUAUUUGGGUACAGGUUUGUGGAUGAUGAAAAGACACUGAUGAAUAGGUCCAUUAGUUUGCUUGAAGAGAAACUAUUCCAUUAAUAGAGAGGUCAAAACUGUGGCUGUAGCUGUGGAUCUGCAAAACGCUGCACAUGUUGGAUCAGAGCCAGGAGAAGCCAUUAUUGCACAGACCAAAACUAGUAAGCAAAGGUGCCAUAAAAGACACAAAAUGUUUUACUGGUGACAGUAAUAUUUGGGCCAUACAACAAUAUUCAUACUCACCAAUGAUGUGCCUCAUUGUGACAAAAGAGCCACUUGAGAAAGAGAAGUAUUUAUUUGUAAAUGAAAUAAGCAUAGAUGUCAAGCCUGACUUACUGUAUAAGAGAUUCUUAUGUAAGAUUGUAUUGAUAGUUGAUCAUGUUUAGAUUUUCAGGGAUGAACUACAGUGAAAGUGACGCAUGCUUUGUUUGUGUGUGUGUGUGUCUGAAAGAGAAGAUGUUUCUGUUCAUAGGGUUUAUGACCUGCUUAAUUCUGCCUAGUUCAACCUGUAUUUUGAUAGAUCUAUACUCCACUAGGCAACUGAUAGAAUUACUUUAUAUUAGACCUGAUGUGCUUUCAUAGGGCUUUACAUAUCCGACUCAGGUGAAGUGAAUUUGGCAUUGCAUUUUGUGUGUCUUCAUGAGGAGCAUUCAUAUCCCCACAAAAGCACGCUGUGUGAAAAUACAGAAUGAUCUUUGAUGUAUUUAACCAAAUGCUAUUUAAAUCAAUUCUCAAAAUACCAUAAACAAAGAGGCCAAUUAAGAUGGAUAUAUACAGUAAUACUCAUGAGGUUAUAUAACAUGAGUAGCUAAAGAAGACUUAUAUUCAACUUCACAUACCUACAUUGUAUGUCUUCAGGUGUUGCUUUUGCCAGUAGCCAUAGUAGUAAUGUAUUUCCCAGUGCUGUCUCCUCACCUCUAACGAAACAGGCAGUUUGGGUGUUAUUUCACAAAAGCGGAUUCUCUACUGAUUACCUUUGUGUUCAUGGACACAAAAUUCUUUUGCAAUGACUUAAUCACUUCCCAACUCAUAAAUGAAAUCACCAGAAAAGAUGUCUAAAAUUCUAAAUACUCACCCUUUAAAGUUAUUAGUCGUGAGAUGUAUGUGUGUGGAUGGUUUUGGUGAAAAACUAAUAUAUAAGAUGUAUGUAACUGUGUUAAUGUGGCCUAUGACUUUAAGUGAAACCCAGGUGCUGUUUCGUUAACUGUCACUCUUGAUGGUAUAUAAAGGUAUCCACUGUGGCUCUAGUUCAAUGGUAGCAUUGUGUUCAGCUUGGCUGAGGCACUGCUGAAACUGCUUUGCUGCUGAUGGAAAGGGAUAUGCAUUAGAGGUACAUAUAGUAGGGGGCUUAUACUAACUUAGUGUUUAAAAUAUAAAUAUGAAUACAUUAUGACUCACAGGCCGUGAGUUGUCCGGACUCACUACUGAAGCAUUAAAGUAAAAAGGGAACACUGUAAAAGUGCAGCUGAAAAAAUGGGUGUAGUCAGUUUAUGCAUUCAACUGAUGCAGAUACCCAGAGUGGCAAUACAGUUCCUAAAUAUGUGUAUGAAUGUAAAAAGUUCAACCUUCAUAGACAACUGAUGCUAUUGUCAACUUGAAUUAAUGUUUUACUGGUGGAAAGUCUCAAUUGUUGUCAAAGCAAGUCUCAGUUCAAGUCUCAGUUCCUUGAGGAAAAGUCACAGUUUAGUCACAACUCUCCAUCAGCUAACUGCAAGUUAAGUGCAAGUCUUUCAGGUCUCUGAAUGGCUAUGAAAUGGUAUUUGAAUUUUUUUCUUCCAAAGCUGUCAGUAGCGACCUUUGCAUAGCUGAGACCAAGUCCUGUCAAUGCAUAGGCCUAAUAAUUAAGUAUUCAAGUAUUGUGGCUGUGCAGAGCUUGAUUUUACCAGGUCUUGAAACCUGAGACAUUAAUAUUUUGCUUCUUCAGGGAGUAAAGCCCUCAUUUUUGUGACUAAAAUUUGACUUAAAUCAGUCUACAGCUCUGGUAAACAAACAUAAACAGUUGAAUAGGUUGUCAAAGUUAUGAGUCUCUUCAUAAACUUGAUGUGAGUGUUUACAGUUACAACUAAGUUACUAUCAUAUAUUGUUAUUCUUGCCGAAGAAACCAAGGGCCAAAGCACAGAUUAUGCUUAAGCAACUAGAAAUGUAUCACACACAUGUAAAUGUUAGAGUUUCUUCUAUUGAAAUGGUAAUUAAAAUGAUUUUGUUGUUGUGCUUUGAA